AACCUGGCAACCCAACACCCUCCGUGAGGCGCAGUCCAUCGGCUAGUCACACGUACAUUUAAUCUUUGUUAGACUGCUGUAUUCUCAAAGCGUGGAUUUUGUAUUGUUACUUCACUGUGAGUUUAAUAGACAGGGCAGAAAGACUCGCCUGUCUGAAUGCUAGCCGGUUGGUCAUUUAUCGGCAUAAAAUUAGUUUGGCCCUGUGGUUAUUUGAGCUAGCUACCUAAGCUAGCCGUGUAAUCCUGCUUUGCUAGCAUAACGGCUAGUAGUGUGGGUUUCCAAGGCAGCACUCUUGGAUCUAAAUUAUAAUAUCACGAUGGACAAAGCGGAUUUCCUGAAAGGUCUCCCUGUCUACAACAAGACCAACUUCAGUAGAUUUCACGCAGACUCUGUUUGCAAAGCAUCGAAUAGAAGACCAUCAGUAUAUCUGCCAACACGAGAAUAUCCAUCAGAGCAGAUUAUUGUCACAGAGAAAACAAACAUUCUUUUGCGCUACCUCCAUCAACAGUGGGACAAAAAGAACGCAGCCAAGAAGCGGGAACGGGAGCAAGAGCAAGGUGAAGGAGGCAGUCCUGCACCGUCACGCAAAAUCGCACGGACCGACAGUCAGGAAAUGAAUGAAGACUCCUAAACUGGAUUGUUACCAAAACAGCACAGGGACAGGCACAAAAAUGACAGACUUUUCAGAAUAACACACGGUCUACAUUUCUUGUAGACACCUGCACAUGAGACUGGCUUUAAAAAUGAAAGAGAAAAGUGAGACCGUUUUAUGGUGUGGUUUUGUUUUUGGUUUUGUUUUGUUUUUAAUUCAGCGCUUCCUGUCAAACUGUCCCAAUGUGCAUCCUUACAGCCUGGUGAUAAACACUUAGGGUCGCUAUUAGCUUCCACUGCCAGAAUCUGUGGACCUGGUGCACUGACAUUUGCUCAGGUAGGGUAGGGAGACUUGAGUGCUGGCACUAAGAGACAUCAGUCUUCAACAUGCAGGAAUUUGGCAGUGUGUGGCGAACUUAGACUGCAUCACACAGUGUUGUGCGUGGAUGUGUGUGUGUGUUUGUGCAAAUUUUAAGUCCAGCUUAAGAAUCAUUCCCAGUAGCUCAGCUGUGGAUUUUUUUCCCCUGUACUGACAGGCAAGUCACUUCAUGACAUGUGAAAAUAAAACUUUUUUUUGGACAAAUUUAGAUGUAGGAGUAUUGGUGUAAGUGAUGUGGUAUCUGCCUAGAGUGUGCCUAAUUGUGCAUGAACGCACUGUUAAGAUUUUGAUCUUUCACAUCAUAUCAAGAUCAUAUCUUGGAAACGAUAAUAUUACCUGCCAAGAAAUCAACCAAAUUAAGGUCAAUACCUCAAUGUGUAAACGGUGGUGAGGCCAAAUAUCUAAUGCCGUCAGUCCAGUUAGGCCCUUUGUAGAUUCUCAGGCAGUUGGAGUUUUUUGUCAUUGUUCAACUAAAAAUAUGAGGAUAGGAAGCCCUAUGUGCAUAACCAGAUCAGGUAUUUUUUUCCUGCACAUCAUGGUUCUAUUUAGAUAACAGUAAAGAUGGUUUAUUAUACUUUGUAGUUCAGUGCCAUGCUUUGGUUCUAUGCUUGUUCUUCAGGCACUAAUCAAAGCUACAGUACUACAUUUUACCUGCUUGAAUAAACAUGAAUGGAAAAAAAAUGCAUUCAGAUAAAAAUAUGUUUGUAAUAAUGCAAGAGGUAACGUCUGUUAAAGGAGGUUUCUGCAUGUGGCCCUCAUGUUUUUAAUUAGAAUAUAUCCCGUUUAUGGUGUUUAGACCACUGGCUAAAUGGAAUGUCAGGAAAGGCUAAGGUGUCAGUAGUUUUUCUUUAAAUGUUCCUUUUCCCUCUUUACUGCAAAGUUCUAUUGUGUGUUUGUUGUAUUAUUAAAGGUUUGCAAUGCAGAACAA